AUGGAAAUCCAUGGUCUGUCCAAGUCACUUGGUCUCAUUGAAGGCUAUGGUGGACGUGGUAAAGGUGGGCUUCCAGCCACCCUGUCCCCGGAGGAGGAGGAGAAGGCAAAGGGACCACAUGAGAAAUACGGCUACAACUCCUACCUCAGUGAGAAAAUUUCACUGGAUCGUUCCAUACCAGAUUAUCGUCCAACCAAGUGCAAAGAGCUGAAAUACGGCAAGGACCUGCCCCAGAUCUCCAUCAUCUUCAUCUUUGUGAACGAAGCGCUGUCGGUUAUCCUGCGAUCGGUGCACAGCGCUGUUAAUCAUACGCCAGCUCACCUCCUGAAGGAGAUCAUCCUCGUGGACGACAACAGCGAUGAAGAGGAACUGAAGGCACCGCUGGAAGAAUACGUCAAUAAACGAUACCCAGGGCUCGUGAAGGUGGUGCGCAACCAGAAGAGGGAAGGCCUUAUCCGAGCUCGUAUUGAAGGCUGGAAAGCUGCCACUGGCCAGAUCACGGGAUUUUUUGAUGCCCACGUGGAGUUCACUGCUGGCUGGGCAGAGCCGGUACUUUCCCGAAUUCAGGAAAAUCGGAGAAGGGUCAUUCUCCCCUCCAUAGACAACAUCAAGCAGGACAACUUUGAGGUGCAGCGUUACGAGAACUCUGCCCACGGGUACAGCUGGGAGCUGUGGUGCAUGUACAUCAGCCCCCCCAAGGAGUGGUGGGAUGCCGGGGACCCCUCGCUGCCCAUCAGGACGCCAGCGAUGAUCGGUUGCUCGUUUGUUGUGCACAGAAGAUUCUUUGGAGAGAUUGGACUUCUCGAUCCUGGGAUGGAUGUGUACGGAGGGGAGAACAUCGAGCUCGGCAUCAAGGUUUGUGACACGUUUGCGAGAAAAAUUGCACCUAACAGUGGUGUCGUUCUGGUGUGCGGUUGGUUCCACGACCUGGUGACGUGGAGAUGUGUCCCCGUGGUGGGUGGCUCGGGGGGCCUGCGGCAGGGUCCCAGGGUGGCUGAGGUCAGGAGCCCUGAGCCUGGGGCAG